AUGUCUCAACAACCACAUCAACCACAUCACAUGCUCCAAGUGCAUCUCAUUGUAUUCCGAGGUCUUCCUGGAUCGGGUAAAUCGUUUCUUUGCGAAUGUUUAAUGAAAAUUUUAAAAACCACCAUGCUUGAAUCCAAUUCCAAUCGCGUUCAAACGAAAUUGAUGAUGAUCAAAUUAAGUCGAGAUGGAUUGCGAAAUGAAAUAUUCCCAAAUAGUAUUGGAGGCCCGAAUUUCUCGGAUUUUGAAAAGAAUUUAGUGGAUGAAUGGAUUCGCACUAGUAUUGAAUAUUUUGUCAAGUCUUUCAUGUUUCAAUUAUUGAACGAAAUGAAUGGAAGUGAGUUUGAACAUGAUUCAAAAAAAGAAAAUCUCAGUAAUAAUAAUUAUGAAUUGUACAUAUUCAUUGAUGGCAUGUGUUUGUCUACUUUACAAUCAGUGAAACAAUUUGAACAUGUUCUUUCAAAAUUACAUCAAGAAUUCUCUUCCUUAAUACCAGUUGAUCAUCAUCCUUUCAAAGAUUCUUCACACCAAACCACUCUCUCUGAUGAUUCUGUGACCUUAAAAACCUAUUUCUAUUGCAUUCAAGUAGAACGUGAUGAAAUGAAAUGUCGAGAAAGUAUUGCCUUACAACUGAAUUGUCAUCCAGCACAACAUUCGAGAGAUUACGAUAAAGUGAAACAAAAUUUUGAAUCCUUGCCUACUGAAUGGUUGUGUGAAAAUUCUCUCGAAAAUAGUAACAACACCAAAACCACCAUGACCACUAUGACCACGAGGAAUCACUUAUUAGGUGAUGAAGAAAGGAGCAUGAACGAUUCACCUUUGAAUCGGCAUAAUCACUCGUCCAAAUUUAUCAUUUAUUUCAAUAAUGAUAUUGAGGUUUCCAUUCAGUUCAAGAUUGAUCUCCUUGUUCAUUGGAUCCUGCAACAACACGAAGAGUGA